AUCUGUGUUUAGGAGCCCAGUGGCAGUGUAUGUCUCUGUCACUGGGGCAGCUUCAUUCUCUCCUGAAGGAUGUCGGGCCCUUGGACCAGCUCCGUAUUGCUCCUCAUCUCCGUGGCCUUCCUCCAGAGCCCAUUGCUUGACGCCAAGCCUCUCUCUGCAGUUCAUGGAGGCGGAGCUGCACGCCUUCGCCGUGACCUGCGGGAUUCGCUGCCUUACGAGGCCCAGAUGAUGUCAUACGCCCCUGCAGACUUCAAGGGCAGGGGCAACGAUCUGUACUACCAACCAGAUGCCUUGAGGGCACAGGAGCUGGGCCAAGCCAUCCAGCGUUUGGUGGAGAAUGACCAGAAGUGGGACCACGAGGCAGCAUACCUGGCAGGUUUGCUGCGCCUGCUGAGCGAGGCAGAGAACAAUGGCCAAGGCAAACGGGAGGAAGAAGAAGAGGGGGAGGAAGGAGAUUUCCAGGGGCCGUACCCUCCAGACUAUGAUGAGACAGAGCAGACCCUCAGCAUUGUGAAUCCCCAGGCCUUGUUGGACCCACAGCUGAGUGAAGCUCUGCUCAACCGCUACCGACAGGAGAGGCUGCUGCAGACACGGCUUGGCUCUGCAGCUGGCCGUGUCCCGGAGAGUGGGCAGCAGCAAGACCAGGAAGAACUCCGGUACCUGGUUAAGAGAAUCCUCUCCAGUCUGGCAUCAGGGAACCAACUGAGCCCCUCCAAUCGACGAGCCAAGCGUGAUGUGAGCGGAGUGGCCGGCAUCGGACAGGGAGGAGCUACCACAUUGAGACGGGCCAGACGCUCUCUAGACUCUGUCCCUGUGUCUGCUCCCAAUGCUGAGGCCUCCCUGAUACGGGUGAAGAGGUUGGGUGAAGAUGAUGAUGAUGAUGAAGGUUUUGGCAGUCACAGUAACAGAUCCCCCCGUGUUGGUUUGCAGAGGAUGAAACGUAUCGACACAGACCUGACCCCACCUCAGAAACACAGCCGUAAGCGCCGAGCAGUGACCUACGAUCCCAAUGUCAUUGCUCAGCACAUCCUGCAGUACCUACCAGCAUAAGGACAGACAGAGAGAGAGAGAGAGAGAGAGAGCGAGAGAGACAGAGAGAGAGAGAGAGAGAGAAAAUAGAUUCUAGAGGUUCCCAAGCUGACAGAUAUGCGAGAACCCACUGUCUCAUGACAAUGUUCAGCAAAUCAAUGUACCUACUCCAGUGCUAUAAAUAAAUUGCAAGUAUGUUUACUUAACUAUGCUAGCUGCUACUGCACACAAACAGAACAGAAUAUUUAUGGGCGUGCAGCUCAUAAGACAGACCCUUGUAGUUUUCAAUACCAAAUUAUGAUGUUUCUUAAACAUCCAUAUUUUGGUUUUUUAGACUUUAUGGAAAUCAUGAGUGCACCAAGAUAAAUCCCAUGUAAGAAAUUCACUUCUGUUUUGUUUUACUGAAUGCCAAGACUUUUAUCAGAUCUAAAUGAUAUAGUGCGUUGUAAUCCAUGUCCAAACAUGGAUUAUUUUUAAGAUUUUGAACCUUUUUUUCCAUUAAAAUAAGUGAAAUCCUUAAACCUUUCUAUCCAAAGCUUGAGGCAAUGCAAAAUACCAAAGUAAAUCUAGGUAAUAAGGAUAGUCUCCCCACAUUAUAUGUGUAUACUGUUUGUUUUUUGUGUGUCGCGUUGUUUUUGUGUCCACUGUGUAACCCAUUUGUCUAUAUAAGGCACUGAAAAGAGAGGUUUCUUACCAGGCAAGGCCUACAGACUCUUACUAGUGCCCCAGCCCUGCAAAGGUUCACAGCUGGCACCUGUAUUAUUCUACCAAUGCUGACACAUGCUUUUCUCCCAAAGUCCUUAGAGUCGUCCCAGCAGAAUUGGGGCUUUUCAUGAAGCAGGAUUUCUUUGCUAGCUAGAAAUUUGCAAACGGUCCAAAAAAAAAAAAAUCCAGUGCCAAGACAGAGAGAAAAAACAUUGGGCCUUUUCACUUUGGAAUAAGUUAUAACUCAUUGAUUAAUCUUGCUUUAUGUCUCCACAGAUGAUAAUGUGCACAGAUUGCACCUGAUUUACCACUACACAUUAAGAAAAGAUUUGUAAUUUGUUGUUCUUAAAAAUACUCAAAUUCUUGUUUUUAUUUUUAUAAAAUACUCAAAUUGCUUGUUGAUGGCUAUAAAAACUUGGCAAUAUUGUGAGGCUACAUAAAUCUUAAUGGGGCUGGUUUAGGAAAGUUACUUUUAGUCAUUAGUGACAUAGUAAGCACUUCUGCAUAAACUUCUCCAAACCAAACACUGGGACAGGUGCAGUGGUUCACUUCAGUCUUUACUGGUCACAUAUUUGGCACUAGAAAUUAUGAUGUUUGAUUGACUACAGAAUAGCUGAGUUCACACUGGCUAUCUGCUCCUUUACUGUGUGCUUUCCCAGGUUUAAUGAAGAGCAUUUUAGCUGUCUGUAAUUUCUUGUUUGUGUGUAGUUAGAUCUGGAUGCCAGACUGUGCACAAGGGUUAAAGUUGUCCACUACAUUAAACCAUGUGGCAUAUUAUAUGAGCGUAAUUAAUCUCAUUUCAUCUGUCAGCAGCGCCAGUGAGUCACGAAAUGGUUCUGCCUAGCAAGCAGACGGUCGGUAUGUUGGCAGUGAAGUAGGCUCUCUGGUCUCUUUUUCUCUGAUCUCCUGCUCGACGGCACGCCGUGUUCUGACUAUCCUCGCUUUGAAGAGUCGCUGUUGUCCUCCCCUCUGCUUUGCCAGUGGCUUCAGUACACAACGUGCCAAUGAAAGAGUUACGCUGGCUUUCCCAGGUCACGUUCUCUAGUGAGUUCUUUGACUAUCCUAAGAGAGUGUGUGUGCAAGGAGCUGCGUUUGACAUAUUAUAGCAUUGUGUUUCUCUAUCUGUGUGGUCAUGAAAUCUUAUACAACAAUGCACAUGUGAACUGCAGGUUUUCUUGUAAAACAAAAUCACUUUAAGUUCAAGUAAACUGUAUGUGAACAC